AUGGAAGCUGGCCAAGAGAAAGUAGAGCCAUCCGCUGGAACUUAUGCCACCAUGCUCAAAGCUUGGAUCCGUUUUGGUCCUGAUUCACCCAACUACGUACCUGACACUGGAGCGGUACCCCCUGUAGAUAUGCUCAUAAGCAUUCUCAAUCGCGACAUUCCUAUAGAGAAUGUCGUCGCAGACCGCGUUUUUGAAACUUCAAGUGAAGCGGCCGAGGUCAUCAAACUUCUAUCGAAAGCCGCCGCAGAUUUAGGUCAUACAGAGGUCAUCGCCCGGUUAGGUCAGACCGAGGCUAUAGGUGCUCAUUACGAGGACAUCCUAGCUGAUAUUCCUGAGGUUAUGCCUGUAAUGCGUGUUAAAAAGAAAGAGCCCUCAGAAUCAUCGUCUGGGGAGGAAGAGCAAGAACCUGAAUACGAGGUUCCUUUCAACCUUUCUAAUUUACGUCGCCAUCUAUCACGAGUCUGCUUUGCUCGACGAGUGCUCCCGGAAGAUGUCGCAGCACGGCAAAAGCUUCUCGAAGAUACAGUUUAUGAAACUGCUAUGGACCGCCUAAAACACGAGUCUGAUGUCUUCGAGCAACUUGGUCUUGACACAGGCCAUAUGCGACAGCCCGAUUUACGACGGUGGAUGUGGGAUUGGCAUACAAAAUUACAGGAGCGACUUCAAGAGGAAAUAAAAAACAUAGAGCUCAUAGAAAAUAAAAAGGAGGAUCGGCUGCAAUUAUCACCAUAUCUUUCCUUGGUCAAACCUGAACGGUUAUCGCUCAUCACCAUUUUCGAAAUCAUGCGGUUACAAGGGUCUGGUGGCGUCUCGGAAGGGAUGAAGACGACCCGGGCAUUAAUUGCUGUUGGCAAGGCGGUAGAGAAUGAAUACAAAGCGCAGAUCUGCAAAAAAAACAACAUUAUCUUACCAAGUAUCGGUAGACUGGGUGAUAACGGGUACUUCUCCAAUCUAGGAUAUAACAGUUUGCUUGAGAGGCGGAUAGUUGCUGCUAGACAUAUGUCUGAUGGGGAAGCCUGGACCGCAACCUGGACACAGGCAACGCGAGCGAAAAUUGGAGGCAUACUGGUCGAGUGUCUCAUGGAUGUUGCGAAAGUGACGAGAUCUGCAACGCACAAAGUUACUAAUGAGAUCCUCACCGAGGUUCAGCCUGCAUUUCACCACAGCUAUGAACAUAGUCGUGGACAAAAACUUGGAGUCAUUCGGCUCAACCCUGCGGUUUCGGAGCGACUGGCGAACGAUAAUGUACGGGACACCAUUCAUCCUCGACAUCUACCGAUGCUCGUGAAACCCAAACCUUGGUUAGGUCUCAAAAAGGGUGGUUACAUGUUUAGCGAAGUCUCGGCCAUGCGAUUCAAGGAAUCCAUUGAACAACAAAGCUAUCUUAACCAUGCAUCCGAACUCGGUAAUGUCGAACUUGUGUAUGCCGGAUUGGACGUUCUUGGAAGCACACCGUGGCAGAUAAAUCGCAAAGUCUUCGAUGUCGUCCUCAAAGUGUGGAACUCCGGAGAGAAACUGGGCAAGCUUCCGCCUGCUGUUUUUCCCGAUCCAGAGCCUGUGCUGCCUGAAGGUGCUGAUAUCAAGACACGUACGACCUAUAUACAUCGUAUGAAAGGAUGGACACAGGCAAAGGCCAAUAAUCACUCUGAUAGAUGCAGUGUCAAUUAUAAGAUCGAAAUUGCCAGGACUUUCCUCGGAGAUACCAUCUACUUUCCCCAUAACAUCGAUUUUCGUGGCCGCGCAUAUCCAAUCCCUCCUCAUUUGAAUCAUAUAGGCAAUGACCUCAGUCGUGGACUUCUGAUUUUCGCAGAAUCCAAACCUUUGGGCGAACGUGGUUUACGGUGGUUACAAAUUCAUCUGGCAAACUUGUACGGCUAUGACAAGGCCAACUUUGACGAGCGUGUGCAGUUCGUUCAGGAUCAUUUAGAUGAUAUUUAUGACAGCGCCACUAAGCCUCUUGAAGGCCGACGCUGGUGGAUUCAUGCGGACGAUCCUUGGCAGUGUCUUGGUGCAUGCAUGGAGCUACAUGCUGCUUUGACGUCCGAAAAUCCCAUUGAAUACGAGUCAUGCCUUCCAGUACAUCAGGAUGGAACAUGCAACGGUCUGCAACACUAUGCCGCUUUAGGAGGUGAUUCUCGCGGUGCGCAACAGGUCAACUUGAGCGCCGGCGAACGUCCGUCAGAUGUCUAUACCUAUGUUGGGAACAUGGCAGAGGAAAUCAUUAAACGGGACAUUGCAAAGGGUGAAAAGUAUGCAGCUGUGCUUCAGGGCAAAAUUACUCGUAAGAUCGUCAAGCAGACUGUCAUGACGACCGUGUACGGCGUAACCUUCAUUGGAGCUCGAGAACAAAUUGAAAGGCAAAUCAAGCUCACGAAGCAAUUCGAAGAGGAGGAUGUUUGGGGUGCUUCGGCUUACCUUGCUAAAGUGGUCCUUGGCUGUAUUGGAGACUUGUUCACAGGUGCUAAAGACAUCCAACUUUGGCUCACCCUAUGUGCUCGUCUCAUAUCCAAAGCCAUUCCGGAAGACCGUAUUGCAGAAUCACUCGCUGAAUAUCGUGCACGCAAAAUUCAAAGGGAAAACUCAAAGUCGAAGAAAAAGAAAACAGAACUGCCUCAUGAGUUUUUGCGCAAAGAACAAAUGACUUCGGUCGUUUGGACCACGCCGCUAGGACUCCCCAUUGUACAGCCCUAUCGUAAACCAAAUCGAAAACAAAUCGUCACAUCCAUGCAAACAGUGUAUAUUUCCGAUCCCAAUUCCCCAUCUGAAGUAAAUACGAUGAAACAGGCUAGCGCUUUCCCCCCCAAUUUUAUACAUAGUCUUGAUGCAACUCACAUGAUGCUUACUGCUCUCGAAUGUCGUACUCAAGGGUUGACCUUUGCUGCUGUGCACGACUCAUAUUGGACUCAUGCUUGCGACAUCGAUGAAAUGUCCGGUAUCAUUCGCGACACCUUUAUCGCACUGCAUUCAUCAGAUGUCCUCAAGAAAUUGCACGACGAGUUCAAAGAACGUUAUCAGAAUUACAAGAUUCCUCUUGCCAGCCUUCACACUGGUGUUCUUGCGAAAGCAUUGAAGCAAGCUGGUUCGCGUAUCACGGUCACUCCAGAGCAAGCCCAAUCAUUGCCAUCCAUAGCCAACCUUGUGGAUGUGUCAAAGACGGGUAAUUCCAGUAUCCAGGACAACGCAGAUUCGGUCGACUUGAAGGCUCUCCUUGUGGAUUUAGCUCAGGAGCGUAAAGCAGCUACGGCUACUGGUAAUUCCAAGUAUCCAGAGGAGCAUGAAGAAGAGCUGGAGGAAGAGGAGGAAGAAGAUUGGGAAUCCCCUCGUUCAAAGGCCGCUCGGUUAAGAAAAGCGAGUGCAGACCUUCAAUCUAUCGAACUUCUGGGAAAAUUCGUCAACCUGGUUGACUUGUUGCCGCCCUUGCCCAAGAAGGGCGACUUCAAGGUCGAGGCUAUCAAAGCCUCGCAGUAUUUCUUCUCAUAG